GUGGGGAGAGGCAUUCACUAAUUAGAUAGUAGAUAAGAAUUACUUUAGGUGAAGGGAAAGACAAUAAGUUUUCGUGGAGAAACGGAAUCGAACUUCUAACGAUUUCAUUUUGUUGGGGCUUUUCCUCCCAAAUCAAACUAGCAUGCUGCUCUUGUUCUGUAUCAUCCUUGUAUUCUUUUUGGCCUUGGUGGGAAACUCAACCAUGAUUUACUACAUUUGCUUGGAUUCCCAUCUCCACACACUCACGUACUUUCUCCUCAGCCAGCUCUCCCUCAUGGACCUGAAGUGUAUUUCUACCACAGUCCCAAAGAUGGUUUACAAUUUCCUUUCUGGUCAUAAAGGCAUCUCUUUUCUAGGGUGUGGCAUUCAAAGCUUCUUGUUGUUGACAAUGGCCAGUUCUGAAGUCUUACUCUUGGCCUCCAUGGCCUAUGACCAUUAUGUGGCCAUCUGUCAUCCCCUCUGUUAUCCCAACCUUAUGAAUAGAAGAACAUGUGUCCAAAUGAUCAUAGCGUCUUGGAUCUUGGGAUCCAUCAACUCCUUGGCACACACAGUCUAUGCUCUUCAUAUUCUUUACUGCCAGGGUAGAGCCAUUGAUCAUUUCUUUUGCGAUGUCCCAGCCGUGUUGCCUCUUGCAUGUAUGGACACCUGGGCCUAUGAGUACACGGUUUUUGUGAGCGCUAGCCUCUGUCUCCUCCUUCCUUUCCUUGGCAUCACUGCUUUCUAUGGCAGAGUCCUUUUGGCUGUCUACCAUAUGUGCUCCAAAGGGGGAAGCACAAAGGCCUUCACCACCUGUUCAACUCAUUUAACUCUAGUUACUUUGUACUAUGCACCUUUUGUCUACACCUAUCUUCGGCCCAGGAAUCUCUGCUCUUCAGCAAAAGAUGAGAUUUUGGCCUUUUUUUACACCAUCCUCACUCCCAUGCUCAAUCCCAUUAUCUCCAGCCUGAGGAAUAAGGAAGUCCUGGGGGGCCAUGAAAAGAGUGUUUGGAGUAUUCUCUUCCAAGAAAAAAUAGUCAUGGCUCUCCUUAUUGCGCUCUUUUUUUUUCCUUUUUCACGUUGAUAAGAACAUCCUAGUGCUGUUCAAUA